ACCAGUACUUUAAAUGUUUCACACCGAGACAGACUGAAAGCAAGAAGGAAAAGCUGCCGAAGGCAAUGAUAACAGAACUCUCUACUUAAAGGUUUCAGGUUAUAACUGCAGGAUUAAAACUGAAACGUCGUUUAUCAAUAUUAAAAUUGCAGAAGUGUUUCAGUUGAAAAGCUUUAGAAUACAAAUAAUUUUAAUGACAGCAAAAAGUACAAAUUGUAGUCGACAUGCACUCAAAUGGGGUAGAUGUUAUAAAGAGGUACUCGGGUGUUCUACUUGCCUUUAUGGGUCUUUCCCUUAAAAUCCUCUGAGAACCCCUCCUACAUAGAUGAACAAGACAGGUUUCGAAUAGCUCUUUGAUGUCUUUUGUGAAUCUGUUUGACUUAAUGCUCAAAGUUAAGCCAUAAAAACAUUUGGAUACCAAGCCCUUUAUUUCUGUUUGGCCCUGAAACAUGAAUGCAUCUUCGUUUAUUCUGGAUAAUUGCUGCGCUCCUCCUAUAUCAUAUCAGCACUCUGCUCAAUUCGCUGCUUUAUGAGUAGGCAGAAGAGGUUUAUGGAGUAAGGACAGCGCUGUCUGCAGAGGCUUUCUCACAUUAAAGAUUAAUGUGCAAUAUUAAACAAUAUUAACUCUUGCUGUCGUCGCAUUACAUUGUUCUUUGAAUCUUUGAUGGCAUCUGUUUAUAAAGUAUAACCCGAGCGACCAAGCGUCCGCCAUAAAAUCUGUGCAAAAUCAAACAUGCGGAUCAUCAAGAUGCAGAUGAAGGAGGACGUGCAGCUGGUGGGCGUGACACAACACGAUGUGAUUGACAUUUUGAAGAUCAGAUACAUUUGAGUAGAGUGAUCUUCAAUAAGAUGUUAAUGUUAGAUUUGGGUUGUUUGUUUUCUAUUCUAAUCUAGUCUCGUCUGUCUUUGUCCUGUAUGGAUAAAGCUGGUAUUUCAGCUUCUGUCCACAUGGUUGUCUCUAAUAACCCAGUAUGAAAAAGUGGACAAAACGAAAAUACGGCGUGUAAAAUGUGAAUAAAGGCAGAAUGCACUGAUCUGCAAAUCAAUGAUAAAUUUAAGUUAAGUUUAAACAUUUCAUUUUUUCUGCUAUCUGUGUUCUCUUGUGGAUAAAAUAUGGGUUUAUGAGAUUUGGAAAUCGCUGCAUUAUCUUUUUAUUCAUAUUUUUACUUACUUAAUACUUUGGGAAUUGGGGUUGUAUAGUUGGUAAAAUCUCUCCUAUGGCUUUUGCAAAUGACUUUUUCCUUGACCCACAUGGAAAACUUGCACGAUGGAAAGAUGUGAAGAAGAAUUUAGGUCGUCUAAUGAAAAGAGGGAGAAUCUGACAUCUUAGCAUACAGCUAAGUUGUUUAAUUGCUGAGGAAGUUUGAUUACGGGUUGCCAGUCUAUUGUGUUAGCAGCGGUGCUAAAGAAUGAGUCAGAAGACAGAGGAAGUGAGGUAAUGAAAGAAAGGUGAAAAUGAGAGAAGUGGGAGUCACUUCUAUUGACUCUGUCCUGGAUAAUGCAUCCUCGCCUGUCCAAUCAUAACACAACUUCCACUUCACCUCCGCAGCUGUGGAACCGAAACGGAUGCACACACGCUCUCUCUCAUCUCUCCGCCUACCUUGUACUCGCUCCACCAACACAGGGACGUCCGUGUGGGUGGAGGGUAAUAUAGUCUGUGAGCCUGUGAUACAGUAGCUGAGCAGUGGAAUGAGAGAGACAGAAAGCAAAUGGAUCAGUGUUUUGGACCAGCGGUCGAUUGUCAUCAAGUGCUAUGUGCAGACAGAGUGGGCCAGAUGACGAAAACCUACAAUGACAUUGAUGCUGUCACACGUUUGUUGGAAGAGAAAGAGAGAGAUCUGGAGCUUGCUGCAAAGAUUGGCCAGUCGCUCCUUAAGAAGAACCGGACUCUCACAGAGCAGAAGGAGUAUUUGGAGGAACAAGUGGGACAAAUCACAGAGGAGGUUGCCCAGCUGCACCAUGAGCUGAACCUCAAGGAUGAGCUGCUGCAGUUUUACACCAAUGCAGCUGAAGAGAUCGAGGAUGAAUCCAGCAGCUCCCCAACGGGUAAAAAAAGCAAAGUGGAAACUGCUUCAGGAGGCUUUGUGAGCGACACGCUCCAAAAGAAACUCAAAGAGCUGGAAGAGGAGAACCUGUCACUCCGCUCAGAGGCUAACCAUCUAAAGUCAGAGACCGAAACUUAUGAAGAAAAGGAGCAGCAGCUUGUGAACGACUGUGUCAAAGAGCUCAGGUUGUCCAGUCUUCAGAUUUCUGCCAUAGCGGAGGAACUGGCCCGUAAGACUGAAGACGCAUCACGACAGCAAGAAGAGAUCACACACCUCCUCUCUCAGAUAGUAGAUCUGCAAAAGAAAGCCAAAUCUUAUGCAGUGGAGAAUGAGGAGCUCUCUCAACACCUGCUGGCAGCUAAAGAUGCCCAAAGGCAGCUCACAGCAGAGCUCCAGGAGUUAGAAGAGAAGUACUCAGAGUGCAUUGAGAUGUUGCAUGAAGCUCAGGAGGAGCUGAAGAACCUGAGAAACAGAAACUACCCUGCAGGAACCCCACGCCGCUAUCACCCGCUGGGACUGUACCCGAUGGACUCUCUGGCAGCUGAGAUUGAGGGAACGAUGAGGAAGGAGCUGAGUCUUGAUGACCCAGAGUGUGAAGAACAGAAGGUCCAUCGGAAACGUGUAUUUGAGACGGUCAAAAAUGUUAACCAGACAGUUCGUCAGCGUUCUCUGACUCCAACCAACUCCAACAUCCCGGGUUCUAACCAGUCCCUGUCAGCUCGAACGUCACCCCAAUCGAGUGGUCUCUCCACACCCCACUCCAGCAUAUUUGGAGGUGACCUUAGUGGAGAAAGUGUAGCCCUUGAUAACCGAACGCAGAGCAUCCUAAUGGAGACAGCAUCCAAUCAGGACAGCACAGAGGGCCAGGAGAAGAAGGCAAGUGGGGCAGAGGACUUGCGGCUUGCUCUGCGUCGCCUGUCUUUGCGCCGACAAAACAAUUUAAGUGAAAGGCGCUUCUUUGAAGAGGAGCGAGAGCGACGGCGGGGAGGACACCCUGGACUCCACGAUGCCCUCAGCCAGGAGAGUCUCUUAACCCCAUCCGAAAGCAUCAUGUCCCUCGGAAACCUCCACCUCUGGGCCUCGCGAGGGCCCUACCUCCCCGACAAGCUUCAGAUCGUCAAACCACUCGAAGGAUCUGCCACUCUGCACCACUGGCAGCAGUUAGCCCAGCCUCACCUGGGUGUGAUCUUGGAUGCCAGGCCAGGAGUUGUGCCAAAGGGCUACAGACCUCUAGAACUAGAGCUGGAGCAGGCGUACCCAUGGGGCGGCUUUGAGGAGGAUGAACCAGGAGAGCAAUACUUCCAAAAUCUUCCCACCUCCUCAGCUUCUGCCUCACCGGCAGUGGCCCCCACCUCCAGUACAAGUGACGCCAACCUCGUACAGCCUUCAGUCACCCUGGCCCCACCUUCUCCGCCCUCACCAUCACCACACCUCAGCAACACCGAUGCUCUGGCUGCAUACUACCCAGGUAAAUGCAUGGCUCACACCAGCUCCACUUACACCUUUACAACCUGUCGGAUCCUCCAUCCAACUGAUGAGCAGACGCGGGUUACGCCAAGUUUAAACCCAGUGCCUGCAUCGUCCUCCUGUGUGAUGACCAGCACUCUGCUGGGUACUCCUGCUGCUACUCCCUGCACGUCCCGCAGGCUCAGUCUCAGGCCCUCUGAAUCCUCAACUAACCUCAGAGAUGCUACACGCACCACCAGCACCUCCCUGGGGUUGGUACGUCUUCUCCAGGAGAGAGGAAUCUCAGCAGCUGUGUAUCACCAGAGCCAGGGCCUGGAGCAGGGUCAGGGCAGCGGAGGAGUCCUAUUAAGCACCUCCAUUGCCCCCAACCGAACACCUAAUCCCGAUCCUAUGCGGCCCUCGACCCCUCCAAACUCUCCCACAAGACAGGGAGCUUCAGCUGUGCCAAGCUCCGCUGGGUUUGACUUCAAGAGUCCUUCUUAUGAGAACUUCCUGGCUUCCAAACCAGCCCGUUCCAUCCUGAAGGAGGUGACAGGGGGGAUGAGAGGCAGGCAGCGAGGCAGGGACUGUGAAAGCCAAACAGACGUUAGCGUGGCCGUCCACAAUCUGAACCUGGUAGACAAGGUGAAGCGUCUGGGUGUGGCUGGAGCCCCCGGAAGCAGAGCGAUGAGCCCUGGUCCCAUGCUAGGGCCUCUGGGUGGACUGCGUAGAUCUGGCUCCCCUUUUGGACCUGAUGGAAUGAGGAGGAACCGGAGUUAUCCAGGCAUGGUAGGAGCCAGCAUGGUCAUGAAAGCCCCAGGGCCCCAAGAGUAGUCUGGAUAGCUGCUGGCCAACAGGGUAGAUGAGUAGGAGCCCAGCAGGGCCAAGGUCUGGCUGUUGAUCAGUCACUUGGAGCCCAUAAAAAUAUUCCCACUGUACAACAGCAACAUGGCACUACUGACCUAUUUCUAAUCACAGCUACAGUUUUACACAAACACUACACCUCUGUAGUGCUUUACAGUGGUGAUUCACGCUUGAACGAAGAGAAAAAUAACUUAAAGGGUUAGUUCAUCCAAACUACACAGCAACAUCUUCUAUACUGUCUGUGCUGUACUUUUGCUUUUGUGUGCCCAGAUUUUGAGAUAUUGCUAAAAUGACCGGACAGAUUGGAGGCUCUUCUGUGUAAGCACUGAACAGUGACAUUUAAAGACUUUCAGUUAUUAAAUUAAACGGUGAUGACGAAGCUUGCAUUCUUUCUAGCUUUAACAGGUCUGAAUUAAAAUUUUUGCCAGAAUUCCUGCCGAACUGAAAACAAGUGCUCCCACGUCACCUGCAUUCAUCUUCAUUUUCAUAUAAAUUAGUGUUUUUCUUCGAGAAGCGAACUCCUUUUAAUUUAAUUAUGUAAAAAUUAAGGGGAAAAGGCUAAUGCAGUUUUAGGGGGAAAAAAGUCAUUUAAUUAUGCCGUUCAGGUACGUCAUGCUUCUAAAAGCCAAGAGUGCUAAAUGUGAAUUUGAUUGGAUCUCACAGGACGGGUCUAGGAAGGAACACUUAGUCAGUUUUCUGAUAGACAGUGGGAAGGUGCUGAAUAAUACAUGCAGCUGCUUAUAUUUCGAACACCUGCGGUAGUUCUGGUUUUAAUGAUGAGACUAACUAAAAGUGAUGGAGAGUCUCACCUUCUCUCUAGCUGCAACAGGUCUGAGUUUAAAUUUUUGCCAGAAUUCCUGCAAAACUGAAAACAAACACACCCACCUCAGCUUUAUUUUGACUUUAACUCUUAAGAUGGUAACUAGUUUCUUCCAUGUCAGUGAGCAACAAAUGCUUCUUAUUAAUCUAAAGUGGAAAACUGACAAUAUGUCUGCACGGAAAUAAAAACACAUUUACUUAAAGUUUUCUUAAUCGGAAGCUAAUAAUAUACAUAAAUAUUUUGUCAUUUUCUAAUGCCCACGGAUUGAUCAGGAAAGAAUUUAUAGCAUUUACAUGCCAUUAAGGGAGGAACCCUUAAUGGUAGCUGUUCCCACCCUGUGGUGACAUAAAGAAUUGAUGCAAGCAGCAGAAAUGGGUCUCACUUAGAAAUAAAGGGAGGAGCUUAGUUAUUCAGGCGGGACUUGGAGGACUACUACUCCACAUCAAAAGGAGGCAGUUGAGGGGGUUCAGGCAUCUGAAUAGGAUCACCUGAUGACAAGUCCUACCCGGAGGAGGCAGAGGAUGUAUGGAUGGAUGCACAAGCACCCCCUAUGAAAUGCUUUUGAGCAUCUGGAAGUCUUUCCUUGUCAUUGUUAGCAUGUUGAGUUUUGCAUGUAAGUCAAAGCACUCUUUAUAGAGCUGCUGUAAUCUCUGCUCACUCUCUAAUAUUCAGAUAUCUAAAAUUCUGGACACACAAAGCCAGUUUUAUGUAACUUAAUUUUACAUAAUUGGGUGAACUGACCCGUUAAAACAGAAUACACUGAAAGCGAGCUACUGAAAUAUCACUCGGAUUCCUGCUUUGGAGACUGACUCUGCUGGCUAGAUGUAGUACUCCCACUCUUGCCUUUUCUGAAACACAUCCACAGAAUCCCACGCACAUCCAGACUCACACAGGUGCACUCUGCUAAAUCUUCCAUGCACUGGCUGGCUAUUUGUAGUCACUGUAGCACUGAAACAUGCCUUUCUACUUCAAUACUAGCAGAUGAAAAUUUCAUAAGUGGUUUUAAAAAAAAGUACACCGAAUUCAUAAAAUAUGUCAUCCUCUGUCUCUCUCUCCUUUCUUUUGAAGGGAUUAAGUGUGAGUCUGACGAGUCACUUUCACUAAAUCAUCAAAUAGAUUUCACGCCAGUGUUAAAGGUACUUCAGUUUCAUUUUCUAAAUGGCCGUUAGACAGUAAAGCUGAUGGUACUUCCACUGAACUGGAGAGAUCAAUACACUGAGGGAUUGCUUUAUCGUGGUUGGAAGCUUUCAGCUAUUUUUCCCUUAUUGUUUUAUGGUUGAAGAGAAUGAAGCAAUACAGUGCCUCAGCCUUGUGUUUUGUGAUUUUUCCCUUGUCAUGCAGGUCCGAAGGCGCUCACGCAACCAUAGUUUGCACUUGUGUUUAUUUAUUUUUAAAAAUCCUGAUUUUAAGAUAUCUUUUUUGUAAAAAAUAGCAUUGUCUUACAGACUGUAUAUAUAUAUACUGUUCACAGUCACUAUAAUGUCAUGUGUAGAUGAACCAUUAUUUGUAGUGCUUUAACCAAGAACCACACAUCGCUGUAAGUAUCUGGGUGAGCAUGUAAUCAGGGUUUUUCCAAAUAAAAAGUCAUCAAACAAUCAUUUAUUAAUAGGAUUUCUUUUCCCUUUCUGUGUGAUGGAGUUUUAAAGCAUGACUCAGAAUUGAAGAGGGGGUAAUAACGACGUAAAGAAAAGCCACACACGCAGGAAAUGAUUACUUGGCCUCCUCCAGCAGAUGGUGCUCACAAAUAACUCGACACGCGACGGCGAGGAUGUGUAUUGCGUUCAUCUGUCUGUCUACAGUCAUCAUCCAUUACCCAUUCACCAUCUGGAUCUCGUGGAGGGGAUAUGACGAAGGCUGCUUAUUAAACUUAGGCUGGCCACAGGUGAAUGAGAGGUGAGCAAUAACCAAAAAAUGUCACAGUGGCAGGCGGCGAGUCUAAUUAGAAAAAAUAAACUGGUUUCAAAUGCCAGUGACGUCGCUCAUGUCAGAUAUUUGUCAUCUUACAGAAGCAUUUUGAUAAUCUUAUUUCAUAACCUUAUUUUUGUUGGAUGUAAUGACACAGCCCCAACAGAUGAGCUUUGGUACCUGUCAUAUACCAGACGAGCUCAUUUUAGGUGACAGUGGACAGGAUGUCUGGAAGCAUCAUUUUUAUUCAAUAACUGACACCCAGACUACUCUCACAGGAUUUAGUGUUUAUUAAAGGCUUGGGGUAUUUGUUUGUUCUUUAAAAUUUACCAUACAACAUUGUUUCUCUGUAACGUCUUCGCUUAGCCCUGGAUUGCAGACUGCUUGGUGGUCUUUAUAAAUGCUGGGCUAUGAUUGGUUGUUAACCGGUUCAAGUGCUGACAUUCAAGCCCCUCACAGUAGUUCCUCUUGAAAGUCAAACACCUAAAUAAAAAGAUUUUUUUCCUGUGCAUGUUUCCUUUUUCCCACUCGAAUGUGGAAGAAUGAGUGUCUGGACCUGAUUUGUGCAGAUGAGUGGGGGAAAAGCACCUAAAACAAACAGGAUGAUAUUCUCGAGAAAUGGGAUUAGUAGCUUUUCCUGAUUGCAAAGAUGUGCACUAC